AUAGAAGCGCCUAGCGCGCCGUUUUUUGGCUUGUCAACCGAAACCACGCAACAAUUUUCACAUUUCUAAUCUUGAUAAACGCUAUUAAUUCGCUAAUGUUAACCAAGAGAAUUGUAUUUAUCAAUGCGGCGUACAAAGUUGUAUAGAUUAAAAGUGCAGUGCUAUUAGAAUCUCGUUGAAUUUCGUUUUCCCACCGCUGUGACCCGCGAACUCUAAACAUGCCUCUCUUGAAAAGAAAAGCCUUUGAGAAAUCGACGGCGUCAGGGUUCUUGCGGGACGACGAUGAGGUAUUCCACUGCGAGAUCACCGACGAGAUUUUCAAGGAUUAUGAGGAGUAUUGUGAACGGAUUAUUCUCGUCAAUUCUAUGGUAUGGACAUGUGAGAUGACGGGAAAGAACAAUUUGACGUAUUCUGAAGCCCUUGAAAGUGAGAAAGCAGCAAGGAGGUCGCUGAAGGACUUCCCAAUGGAGCUCAGGAUACCAAUAUUGUAUCUUGCUACAAAAACAAAAAGGACUUCAUUUGCAGAGAUGUCUGAAGAUGUAUUUAAUUUUGUCAGAGAGAGGUUUUUUGUGGGGGAGAGUGUAGAGGCCUGCUUGGAGGGUGAUAUUUGGAGGGAAGCUCACAUUCUAUCAGUCACCGCUCAAAAGCAACACCCAGAUAACAAAGAAAUACCACCGCCAUCCGCAUACUGCUAUGAGGUGGAACAGUAUGAGGAAUCAGAUGCAACCGCGGUGGGUCAGAUCGGAACCGCGCCGUAUGAGCGCAUCCGACGACGCAAGGGAGUGUACUCGAGGGAUAAAAACAGGCUGUUUCUGAAACAGUUUGUGGAAAUGGGACCUGUUAUUGCUAUUAAGGCAUCAGCAAUAGAUAAAUACAACAUCAACAAAGUCCACUUUGACCAAAUAUUCACGGGCAGUCCACCAGAAUUCCCCUCAUCUAAAAAGCUCAAGAUGAGCAUGUCACCGUCAGUGAAGCCAGGAUCAGCUUCUAAACUAAAUAAAUCAGUCAAGAAAAUCAGCCCGCAGAAAGGAAGACAGGAAUCUAUGGACAAAUUUGUUAAGAAAACAGAUAAGGCAGAAGUAAACAAAACAAAAACAAUAAAUCCAGAAGCGAAGAAGAACGCGCAAGAUCUAGCAGACAAAAUGAGGAGGGCAGAGGAGCAACUCCGGUUACGGAAAGAGGAAGAAAAAGCAAAGAAAAAAGAAAAGACAGCACGCGUUAUGGCGUACAUGAAAGAGUGGCAGAAGGUCAAAGAUGAUCUGGAGUUGGAAGACCAUAAGGUUCUUCCUAAAGGCACUCCAAUAUUAAUGAACGGUAUAGAUUCGAAGUAUUUUGGAGAUUUACUAUCAGUUUUGGACUUUGUGCACACAUUCUCUGAAGUGCUCAAAGCCAAGGACGUCUUCCCAAACGACCUGGACUUGGAGAUGUUCCGGAAGGCUCUGACAAUGAAGGAAUCUGUGGGCGUUUUCUGUGAUCUGAUACAGAUGUUCUUGAGUGCAAUAUUCUCGUUGCAAGAAGAUGAAGCGGAGGAAUAUAAUGAGAGGGGUGGCAUACAAGAGUCGACAGAGGACCAACAAGACACAGAAAUGGGGUUGAGCCGUGCGAUAGAGCUAGCCACUAAGGCCAGCAAGUGGUCGCACACAUACCUCGGCACGCCGCUCGCUAAGCUGCCGCUAGACCCCAGUACAGUUAGCGAGGUUUUACGGUUGCACCUCCUAUCAUCGGGAAGCGAAGCCGGCGGGCGCUGUAUAGCGUGGCGGUGCCACCAGCGCGGGGGCUACAGCUCGGCGGACGAUCCGGGGCUGCGGCUGCGGCUGCAGCGGCCCGGCCUCCUGCGGCGCCUGGCGAGCGCGCACGUGGCCGCGCUGCCCCUCGACGACAAGUUCGCGAUACUACAGUGCCUAAUGAGUCAAGUGCUUAGUUAUGCGACGGUGCGUGAUUUGGUGGAAGAGAGACUGGAAGAACACAGGAAUCUCAAGCAGGCGUUGAGAACUUUACAGAUAAACGAACGCAAACGCGAGCCGCAACUGUCAUCUGCGCGAAUGGAGGUGAAGCGAGAGGCAGCAGCAAAGAAGGAAGAGCAGAAGUUAACAGGAGACAAAGCAAAGCAGCUGGAUGAGCAGGUGAAGGUGGACAUCGAUAAGCUGAUGAAGGACAACGAGGCCAAGAAGCAGGAGUACUUGAAGAAGUCGAAAGAGCUGCAGAUGCAGCUGUUCGAGUAUACUAAUUUUAUAGGCAUGGACCGCGCGUUCAACCGCUACUGGGUGUCCCGGCGGGUCGGCGGGCUGUUUGUCGAAGCCGUGUGCGGCCCGCUGCGGGGCCCGUGCCGCGCCAAGCCCGUGCCGCGACCGCCACGGGCACCCGCCGACGCGCCCGACCUGCUCGCCUACGUCACCGACCUGUACCACGCGGGGCGCCGCGAGCGCGAGGGCAGCGACAAAGAGAACGAGUCCGGUUCAAAUUCCCGCGGCAAUUCUCCCAAGAAACCGCUGACCAAUGUUAACGGAGUCACCAAGAUGUCUCCAGACAGCAUCCAGCAUAUGCGCGACCUGAUGGUCUGCACGGCGGACGUGAAUACCUGCUAUGUGCAUGGGAAGAACGAAGGUCCCACCUGGUGGGUGUACAAUACGGAAGAGCAACUGGACGCUCUAAUGCAAGCGCUAAACAAACGCGGUGCCCGGGAAGCGGAACUACGUCACGCGCUAGAUUCAGAGCGGGACGGAUUGCGUGCGCAUCUAGCGCGGUGUCCGUUACACGCACUCAAUAUGACUGUACCACAGCCAAGUCCAGUAGCCCAACCAGCGACCCGUCGCCGAGGCCCUCAACCCUCACUAGUAGUGCCAGAAGACUGCUCUCUAGCGGAAGCCCUGGAGCUGGCCUUCCGUGACCAGCUGCUGGAGUUGGAGGAGAAGAUACAUCAUGGGUGCUUGGGGGUUUUGAAGGUUAAGGACCGCGAAGCGUGGCGUGGCACAAUAAUGUUGCGAAGUUACGACAAACAAGCUGAGUUUUUAAGUUGGGGGCCCAACAGGGCUUUCCGGGAUGACACGCAUUUGCCUGAUGGUAGAUUAGUGACCAAUGGAGAUAUCAAAGAAGAUCCAGAUACAAAAGAAAUCCUAGAGAAUAAAUACCGCGAUCCCGGCUAUUACUUGGAUACGGCUAAACCGAACGGCGUGAAACUUGAACCGAGUGAAGGUUAUGAAACCAAGCCGGAAGUUAUACGUGGUCUCGCGAGUGCACUGUUACAAGUUUCACAGGGGAUUCAUCAUAAAUAUCUAAAGAGGCCGCUUGGUCUCGACGACAAAGAGCGCAAGGACCGCGAGGCGAAGAACAAACCGCUGGACCUGGAGGCACUGGAGCGCUGGGAAGUGUCGCUGAUGGGCAGCCGCAGCGUGGCCGGCCUCACGCUGCACGCGCUGGCGCUGGAGCACAGCGUGAGCUGGGCGGCCAGCGUGCUGCACGCCAGCUGCCGCCUGUGCCGGCGCCGCACCGACCCGGACAACAUGCUGCUGUGCGACGGCUGCAACAAGGGCCACCACCUGUACUGCCUCAAGCCGCCGCUCUCGAAAGUUCCAGAAGGCGACUGGUUCUGUGAUCAAUGUAAGCCGAAAGAGAAGACGCCCAGAAAGCGGAGGAAACUGUACACGGAUGAGGAGAUAGAAGAUGAACUGGAUGAGAGCUCGGAGUCGGUGUCGCUGGGCGUGUGCGCGACGUGCGGCAGCGGCGGCGUGCUGGCGGCGUGCUGCGCGUGCGGCGCGCGGCACCACCCCGAGUGCGCGCGCCCGCGCCCCGCGCGCGCCUCGCGCCGCUGGACGUGCGAGCGCUGCCUCGCGCCCCACGAGCUGCCAUCCCGCCGCCGGUGCGCGACCGCCGCCAUGUCGUCGAUACACCAGUACGCGAGGAGUGUGCACAAACGGUCACAUUCUACCGAUUCAGAGGACAGUGAAUUCAACACGGCACUAGUGAAACUGAAGACGCGAAAGUCCCGAGGAAGCAAGGAGUCGUCUCCACUAACGAAUGGAAAUAGUAAACGGGGGAGAAGAUCAAAAGAAGAGCCAAACGACAGUUCGAGUAGAAGAGGCAAGAGUUCACUCACCAAUGGUGUUCAUGAAGAGAGAAGCAGCAGAAAGCGCGGUCGAGGCGUAGUACUGCACACGGAUGCGCUUGCGCAGCUUCUCAAAGAUGCGCUCAAACACAAGGACAGCUGGCCCUUCCAUGAGCCUGUUUCUACUGAGGAUGUGCCAGACUACCUACAAGUCAUAGACACUCCGAUGGACCUGAACACAGUGCGAGAGAAGCUAGAGGCAGGAGAGUAUGAGAGAGACGACCAAGUGCUGUCAGACGUGGCCCUCGUGUUCCAUAACUGUUACACGUACAACCAGGACUCGCAUCCCGUUGCCAAAGCGGGCUACAGAUUAGAGAAGUACAUAAUCAAGAGAUGCAAAGAGCUAGAGCUGCCCCCGCUACCGGAGAGCGACCCCACGGAUGAUGAGGACCUUCCUCUCAAGAUGAGCAUCAAGGAAGACAGCGAGGAUGCUCCGAAGGCAAAGAAAUCCAAACUGCAGUGAAGUGAUAGUGUAAAAUGGACUGUAUAGUGACUGUGUUAAUGUGUAAAUCAAUGUGAAUCAAAAUAUUUUUGUCGUGAAGGUAUACGGGAAAAACGAAAGAAUAAAAAAGUUUGGUUUUUAGAUUGUACUGUUAAUUCUUGGAACGGAUGAUAGUGCGCGUAAAUUUUCCGUUCGUGAAAUGUGUAUACAAAUUACAAGGUUUAUAAUAAAAGUUGUAUUAAGGGUUUGAAAUAAAACAGGUUUUAUAAAUGCAGUCUCUACCUUCUGUCGUAACAAAUAAGGGCGGCCGUACACGGAACGCUUCAAGCAGUUGAGACCGACGGCUUGAAGCCGCGACCGCGUGGUGAACUAUGGACAUUCAUUCACUGCCGUACACGGACUGCUCGAGUCGUCGAGACCGCUUCAAGUCGUCAACUGCGCGGUUUGUAGCGACAGCUCGAGCAGUCAACGACCGACCGCCCGAGCAGUCCGUGUACGUCGCUCAGCCGUUAACUGGUCGAGCUGCCCGUGUACGGCCGCUCUAAGACUUAUGAGCUCAAUAAUACUCAUAAAAAGUUAAAAUUGAAAGAGCAAA